AGUGUGGGUUUCUCGUUUAUUGAGAUCAUUCUGAUGUGUCGUCAUUUUGAUUAUUGUUGUAAAGCUGUAAAGUUGUAAAGUUAUCUUGAUACAACAUUAUGCUCGUGAAAUCUAGCUCAUAGCUGACUGAAAGCAGGCAGGGAACUCCUGCUCAGUCACUUCAGUUUAGCUGCUUAGUGAUCGUGUGGUAACACGUGUUUUCACACCACAACUCAUACAUGAAUACAGGGGCAAAAAUGAGGUGUGUGUUUGAUCUUUUUUGGAAAGUCAAAAACAAGGUAUGUGUGUUAUCUUUUUUACUACUUUGGACAUUUUAGCUUGAUAAUGUGAUGAAUGAGGAGUAGCGCUGGUGAUAUCAAAGUCUGGUUUUCAGACCGAUUUCAAAACUAUAUUACAAAAACUGAAAGUGCCCCCUUGUGAACAUAUGUGAAAAACCCUCACUGUAAUAUCUUGCAAAUUUAUGAUCACUGUAUAUUGGAAUUACAAUGAUAAAUGUGUGUAACCGUGUGGUUGAGUCACCUGUUAAAGGGUUAAAAGCCUGAACCUUGCCACACCCGCUCUCCGUCACAUUAUAACACCCACAGUAGCAUGAAGCUUUUUCCUGAGCAAACGGAAACUCAGGGUGCCAUUCUGAGUCUCUCUCUCUCGCUCUCUCUCUCGCUCUUUCUCUCUCUCUCUCUCAGUGUGUGAGUGUAGAAAAAUGGCAAAGGCCAGUAUUUCAGUAUUUCAGCAUCAGUUCAGUUGUCCAUUAUGUCUUAAUCUGCUGGAGGACCCUGUAACUAUUCCAUGUGGCCGCAGUUUCUGUAAGGUGUGUAUUAAUGGCUUCUGGGAUCAGGAGGAUGCGAAGGGCGUCUACAGCUGUCCCCAGUGUAGAGAGACUUUCUUUUCAAGGUCUGUUCUACUCAGGAACUCCAAUCUGACUAAAGUGGUGAAGGAACUGAAGAAGAUUGAACUCCAAGCUGCUUCUCCCGCUCACUGUUACGCUGGACCUGGAGAUGUGGAGUGUGAUUCCUGCACCGGGAGAAAACGCAAAGCAGUCAAGUCCUGUCUGGUGUGUCAGGCCUCCUACUGUUUAGCUCAUCUUAAACCUCACUAUCAGUCUCCUGCUUUUAAGAAGCACAAGUUAGUUGAAGCCUGUGCAAAGCUCCAAGAGAAGAUAUGCUCUCAGCAUGACAAACCGAUUGAGAGCUACUGUUAUACUGACCAAAGCUUCAUCUGUUAUUUGUGCAGUAUGUAUGAACACAAAGGCCACAGUAUAGUUAAUACGACUGCAGAAAGAACUGAACAACAGAAUGAGGUAAAGGAGGAGCAGAUGAAAUCCCAGCAGAGGAUCCAGGAGAAGCAGAAGAAGGUGCAGGAGCUGAAACAGACUGUGGACACUAUUAGAAGUGAACAGAGAUUACUCAUACACACACAGGAGCUGAAACAGACAGUGGACACUAUUAAGAGUUUCCCAUCUAUCUGUGUUUCUCCUGGAUCUGAGGACUCACCCAGCUUCACUGUCAAUCAACAUCUCUCAUUUGAUGGAGUUUACCCACAAGCUAUAGCAGUUCAGACAAUUUCACCCUCAGAAUCAAAGAGCAAAGAAGAUUUUGUGCAGUAUUUCUGUUAUCUGACUCUGGAUCCCAACACAGCACACCGUCGACUCAUUCUGUCUGAGAAGAACAGAGCGGUGACACACAGUGAGAAAGAACAGCAAUAUUCUACUCAUCAAGCGAGAUUUCACUCUUACACUCAGGUGUUGUGUAAGGAGAGUGUGUGUGGACGCUGUUACUGGGAGGUGGAGUGGAGCGGUGGUGUGUCCAUAUCAGUCUCGUAUAAAGAGAUCAGCAGGAAAGGACGGGGUAAUGAGUGUUUGUUUGGGUACAACAGUCAGUCCUGGAGUCUGCGUUGUUCUUCUUCCUCUGUCUCUUUCUGGCACAAGAACAUUAAGACUGAUCUCCAAGGUCCAGUGUCCUCCAUAAUUGGAGUGUAUGUGGAUCACAGUGCAGGAACUCUGUCCUUCUACAGCGUCUCUGACACGAUGAGGCUCCUCCACAGAAUCCACACCACAUUCACUCAGCCUCUGUAUGCUGGGUUCCGGAUAUGGUAUAACUCAGCUGUGAGGUUAUGUGACUCAAAGUGAAAUGUUAUGAAAGUGAAAUGUGAAAAGGCUUUAGAAAAAUUAAAGCUGGGGUAUCAGAUAUAAAUUUUCUCUGUGUUACAAUGGCAAUUUUUAUGGCAAUAGAAAACUUACUCAAUAAUAAAACUUACUCAAA